AUGCUUGUGAGUCGUCUGUCCUCUGUCCUCUGCCUCAUCGCCGCACAGAUCCUAAGCAAGAUUCACGAUCCAUAUAAACAGGAGUGCAUUACCAGGAAGGUUCACUGUCACCCGGAGGCCAUUUGCCAAUUUGACGAACUGACAUCUGAUUACUAUUGCCGGUGUCUGCCAGGCUACAAGGGGGAUGGAAUAAACCUUUGCCAAGACCCUGGAUUCCGCAUCACCAUUUCCAAUGCAUCUGCUUGUGACGGCUUUGGAGAGCAGGUUUGUCUCCUUAAGGCAACAGAAAGAAAAGUCACCUUCAAGGUCUUGGUCUCCACCUCUGGGCACUACCAGAUGCAUGAAGUGAGGUGGUACAAACUCUACUCUGGUCAAAGCCCGCAGUUCUACAGCUACCGAAGAAGGCUGUCACCUGUGGAGCACGUGGCUCCAAGGAUGGCCGUGGGCAAUCAUGGCCAGGCUCUGACACUGCUUUCAAUCAACGAGGAUGAUUUUUACCCAAACCUUUUCUGGGCAGAAGUGAAAUCGCAUGCAGCAUCCCCCAAGAUGGCCAUGGUCGAGGCCUAUGAUCUGCCAGGCUUUCAGAUGUUAAAUCCUUCCAAUCUGAGAUACUAUUUUGUUCUGGAGAGCGUGCCUAUAGAGAUUGGAGAGUUCUUGGAGGGAGACACCAUCGCCAUCCAUUUGCCGCAGUACUUGCAGCUUUCAGCGUCCAGCUUUGUCAGGUGGAUCAAGGAGACCCGCCCGAUGACGCUGCUGGACAGCCAGGCCGUGGUGUUGGCCAACGGCCUGGAAGGGAUUGAGAUUGGAAGACUAAUGGCCGCAGACUUUGGCUUUGUACGAGCGCUUGUCUACGAUUUUAGUCCUGAUGUCCCUGGAAGGGUGUUGGUAGCUCAGAGGCUUUUUUUCAUAAAGAAGGACAUCAGCAAAACCUGCAACGGAAGCCGGGACGAAAAGAACUGCCGCUGCAACCAAGGAUUUGAGGGAAAUGGCGUACACUGUGUUGACAUAGACGAGUGCAAGAAAGAGAUGCUCAUGAACUGCCUGCCCGAGGCAAAGUGUGUCAACACCUAUGGAUCACAUUUUUGCCGCUGUCCAAAGGGUUUAGAAGGAGAUGGUCUGCUCAGCUGCAUAGACAUAGACGAAUGCGCAAGGGACUCCCACGGCUGCAACCGAGAUGCAGCAUGCUUGAACACCCUGGGCUCCUACUUCUGCGUCUGCCCAAGUGGAUUUAUCGGCGAUGGUGUUCACUGUAAAGCGAAGAGCAGCUGGUCCCCGUGGUCUCCGUGGUCCAUCUGUUCCGCCACCUGUGGGUUCCAGAACCAGAUGCGGAUCCGUCAGUGCACUCACCCGGAGAGUGGCAUGCGGUGUGUGGGCCAUUCCGCUGAUCUCAAGCUUUGUCCUAAUCUACGCCCCUGCCAAACCAAUGGCCACUGGUCAGAGUGGUCACCCUGGUCAGUGUGCUCAGAAACAUGUGCCGGGCUCAAGAGAAGGGUUCGGAUGUGUGACCACCCCGCCCCUUCCAGAGGGGGCCUGCCUUGCAAAGGGGAGAAGGAUGAGCUCAUCAUGUGCAGUGACGAUAACCGUUGCCCAGUUGAUGGGCUGUGGUCUCCCUGGGCAUCCUGGACUCCCUGCCCCAUCUCCUGCGGACUCGGAGUCGUGAGCCGAUCUCGACGGUGCAACAAUCCUUCCCCUCAGCACGGGGGGAAUAACUGCAGUGGGCACGGGUAUGAGGAAGGCUCCUGUGGUUUUCCGGAGGCGUUCUGCAAAUACCUGGCCAAACCAUCUGAAUCUAUAAUACCAGGGAAACUGAUUCAGUGAGUACCCAGAUACAUUGACUGGUGCA